GUAUGCUCACCACAGUGUUCGAGACUAUGGACCUGUAUGCUUAUCACAGUGUUCGAGACUGUGGACGACAGCUUUCAACGCGUGAUCUCUCCACCAGCUGAGAUAUUGCGCAACUUAUCCCUUAAUCCGCUGGUGUCCUGACUUGCGACCCAUUCUAGGCAUACAGGUGUAAAACAUAUUAAUGAAAAGUUACAACAUAAUAAUCUAAGGAUUAACGUGAGGUUAUUCUAUUAGGAUUGAUAAUAUUGUCGAAGCAACACGAAAUGUCGGAAAGUUACUCAGCCCCAAAACACUAUGAUCGCCGUACACAAACCACCAGAUUAUCUGGUAUUCUCCAUCAUAGUAUGUGUGAUCUGUUUCUGGCCAAUUGGAAUCGCAUCAAUAAUUCAUUCGGUCAAGCACAAUGUUCUAGUAAAGACAAUGAGUACAGGUAUCUUAUAAAUAAAAUUGCUACAAGAGCUAAUAUUCAGAAUAGUUUCAAGAAGAAUUUAGAUGAGUUUGGUGGAGAAAAUGUUGGAGCCGUGUUUCCAUGUACACCCAUCGCUAAAUCUGAUACUGUGCCAACUUCCGUUCAUCAACUCCGACCCGGUGAUAUUAAAAUUGUUGCUGCUUUAGGAGAUUCAUUAACGGCUGGAAUGGGAAUAACUGCUAAAAAUAUAUUUAGUGUUCUAACUGAAGACAGGGGACUCGUUUUCAGUAUUGGUGGUGAUGGUACAUUUGAGGAAUAUGUAACGUUACCUAACAUAUUAAAGCGAUAUAACCCGAAUAUCACGGGUUACUCUAUUAAAACUGGUGGCAUUGAAAGUGCUAAUUCAAGAUUUAACCUUGCAGAAUCUGGAAAUGUUUUCAGUGAUUUGACAGAUGAAGCUACCAUGCUAAUAACUAGAAUACAAGCUGAUAUUAAUAUAGAUAUAAACAAUGACUGGAAACUUAUAACUAUUUUAAUAGGAGAUAAUGAUUUAUGCAAAUAUUGCAAUAACGAUGGACAUGAAGCAGAGAGGUACAAAGCUAUGUUAGAGAAAACAUUGAGAUUACUUCAAGCUAAUUUACCUAGAACUAUUGUUAAUCUUGUUGAAGUUCUUAAUGUUGAAAUAGCCAAAGAUCUAAACAAAGGUCUUGCUUGCUCUAUUGUACAUUAUGCUUUGUGCCCAUGUGCGGCUUUUCCAAAAACCGCCCAAGACGAGGCAGAUCUUAGGAAUUUGACAAAUAUCUACCAACAGGUGGUAAAGGGAAUUGCUACCUCGGGACAGUUCGAUACAAAGGAUGAUUUUACUGUUGUUGAUCAACCUUUCUUUAGAAAUACCUAUCUUCCUGUUAAGGACGGGACAGAUGAACCUGAUUUUUCCUUUUUUUCACCGGAUUGUUUUCAUCUAAGUGAGAAAGGUCAUAGUACAGCAGCUACAGCUCUGUGGAACAAUAUGUUUCAACCUGUUGGUAAAAAGGAUCUUAACUGGAAAACGGGAAAUUCAAUUACAUGUCCUACAGAGCAACAACCUUAUAUUUACACCAGCAAGAAUAGCGGCGGAAAGAAACCAAAUUAAAACAAAAGCUAGCAACUGGUUUUCGCUGAAGUUAUUAAAGAUUCAUCAUUUGAAAAUUUAACCUCUUCUUUUAAUCAUUUUAUCGCUGUGGAAUUUCGUUAAUGAGGCACCAUGUCCCUGGUUCACAAAGCAUUCCCAGACUUACGUUAAGAAUUUUCUUAACUUUCUGUCACUGUUUUUGGAAAAGACUUUGCACAUAGUUUCUUAUUGAUGUAUUUCAUACAUUAAAACAGAAGUUUUAUUAAGGGCUAUAUUUUAGUUAACAUAAGGCGAACAAUUCUGAAUAAAUUCUUGAUCUAAGUCUGAGAAUGCUUUGUGAGAUCGGGACCAGGUCUGAAGAAACUGAAAAUUGUAUUUUGUUUUACAUUAAUCAAUUUUUAUUAUUUUCGUAUUCGUUUCCUGUGUGUAAUUGUAUUUAAGGUAGUGUUUAAUUGGCAGAGUAAUUUUCUAUAAGUUUCUUGAAAAUACUCCGAAAUGAGUAAAGUAUUUCUAUUGUCACCAGUAAAAUUUCAGCCAUGUGAAUCAAAUUAUUCGAGUCAAAGCCGUAUGUAUAAAUAAUAAAAAACACCACUUUUAUUCAG